GACCUCAAUCCAACGCCAGUAGGCGGAGCUGGGAACCAACCAAAUGGCGCGGCUGGUGCUGGUGCUGCUAAUGGAGAUGGUGGUAAUUCUGGGGAUAAUAACGAGUCCACUCAGCGUACCGUUAUCUGGGGUACCAAUGUAGAGGUACAGGAGGUGGAGGAGAAGUUCGAUACGUUCUUGCGCACGUACAAGAUUCCAGGCGAAGACGAAGCCUGCUACAUGCGACUCAUGCAGCACACGGCCACCGAGGAGAAAGAGUUCAUCAACGUUGAUUGCCACCACCUACACGCCUUUGAUGCGGCUCUAUACAACCAGCUGAUUAACUUUGCCAACGAUGUCAUACCCAUCUUUGAUGCGGUGGCUGCCAAUAUCUUCCAUGUGGAGUUCAGCGGACCAGCGGACUUCCUUACUACUCGCCCGUUCAAUCUCAUGACGGAAAAAGCCAUGCGAGAGCUAAACCCGGAUGACAUCAACAAUCUCGUACGGAUCAGAGGCAUGGUGAUCCGAACCACCUCCAUCAUCCCGGAAAUGCGUACCGCUUUCUUCCGCUGUUUCAUCUGCAAGGCAUCGGUCACUGUGGAGGUUGUUGGGGGGCAGAUAGCUGAGCCCACUGUGUGUCGACAGUGUAAUAAGAAGUGGUCCAUGGAAAUUAUUCAUAACAGAUGUUCCUUCCUUGACAAGCAGAUUGUGAAGCUGCAAGAAUCGCCCGAAGUCAUGCCUGCAGGACAGACCCCCCACACAGUGUCCAUCAUUGCGUACGAUGACUUUGUGGAGACUGUGCAGCCUGGAGAUAGAAUCGAGGUGACCGGUCUGUUCCGUGCUUCCACUCUGCGGCCCAACAAGAAUCACCGCACUAUCAAAGCCGUGUUCCGUACCUACCUGGACGUUGUUCAUUUCAAGAAAAGUUCUAAAAAUAGAAUCGAGCGCGACUCGAAUGCGGACGAAGGAACCGCCACGAGACACAUGGACGAUGGUCAAUCCGAUCCCCAAAGAGAGAGCGAAAAGGUUGAGAGACUCAAGGCUCUCGGAGCAUCAGAAGAUAUCUACAAUCGACUAUCAUCAUGUAUAGCUCCGAGCAUCUUUGGCCACGAGGACAUUAAGAAGGGAAUGCUGAUGAUGUUGAUGGGUGGUGUUUCGCGUAGGCGGUCACCGGGAGGUGGCGAGGCAAAAGGCUUCAGAGGAGAACUCAAUGUACUACUCAGUGGAGAUCCCAGUACGAGUAAAUCUCAAUUCCUAACA